AUGGUCGCUUGGCUUACAAGACAGGAGAAGGUCGCACUAUUCCACCAAUAUCUGGAGAGGCAGGAAAGAGAAGAACAAGGGUCAGAUCAUGAUUUGCAACAUUCCCCUCAGACGAUUUCUCUAACAAAAUACCCCUCACACCAAGGGCAAACCUUACAAAAUAUAAUGCUCACUCAUCGUUGUCCAGGUUUGGUUGAUGAUCUCAAAGUGUUUCUCAACAAAUGCCAAUCCAAAAGAGCUGGCGCCACUCUCUUGAGUAGAAGGACAGUUGAGUUGAGUAACGUACCCUUCGACAAGUUGGACGUAUUUCAUGCCUUCAAGUUUGCUCGUGAAGAAUUGGGAGAUGAUGCUAUAGAUAUGAAGCAGGAAAAGGAUUGGGUAUGA